AUGCCUUCCACCAUGCUGAGCGCGCGGUUCACGCUCGCUUCUGUGGUUGUGGUGGUGUUGCUGCUGGGCAAUAUGCUAAACGGGGUGCUGGGCGCCAGCCCUCAAGCAACCCCCAAAAAGCAGAAGCUGGCAUUGUGCACGCCCGUCAACGCUUUGAAGAAGUGCUCCAAGGCCGGCCCAGCCCUUGUAGACCAGCUGUGCGCCGAGCUGCUGGCACCCGCCAACGCAACGGCCGACAGCAAGGACCCCACCAAGUUGCGCUACGGCUGCGGCGUGGCCACCGCCGCCCAGGUCAACAAAGUGUCCAGUGACCUGGCAGCCCUCGAGCCCAAGGUCAACGCCGCCGCCGCCCAGGCCAGCUCUGUGGCCGCUCUUGUGAAAGAAAGCAACCAGACUGCAGCGCUGCGUGCCGAGAUAGAUGCACUCCGGGCGGCAAUCGUGGUGCUCACCGCCAACACACAGGGCCUGCAGGCCAACGCGUCCAAUGCUGCCCGACAGAUCGCGGCUCUUACUGCAGCAAACCAGACUGCUGCGCGAGAGGUCGCGGCGCUCACCGCCCAAGUGCAAGACCUGAAGGCAAUCACGACCAACACCACCGUCCCAGCCGGCGUUGCCCAGCAGAUCGCCGCCCUUGCAGCAGCCGACGCACUCACCACCCAGCAGCUGACCUUGCUGCAGGCGGCAAACCAGACCGCCGUCCAGGACAUCAGGGCGCUCAACACCACCCUGGCAGCCCUCAGAUCGGCGCAGCAGGCAAACGAGGCAGCAAUCUCCCUGGCCAACGCCACCGUCGAGUCCAUCAAGUCUGUCGUCACCACGGGCGCGGCGGCUGUCGCGGCGGUCAACAGCAGCCUCACCAACCUCACAACCAUCGUAGCCAACGUGUCUGCCAUCGACUUCAGCGUUUUUGCGAAAUCCACGGACCUGGCCAACCUCAAUGCAGUCACACUGGGCGGCGUCCCUGCGGCGCAAUUGCUGCGCUCGCGGGUG